CGGGGAGGCGGGCAGCCGGGGCGGGGGGUGCGGGCAGCCGGGGGCCGCACCGGGUUGAACCCCGAGCCCGGCCCAACCCAACCCGCUCCUCCCCCGGAGGGAAAAGCCUGCCGAGCGCGGAGCGGAGCGCUGCCCCGGCCAUGAUGCUGCCCGCGGCCGGCCCCAGCCCCGGGCAGACCUGCGGGGCCGUGCUCGUCGCCGCCGUGCUCCUGCAGUCCGUCUGCGUGGCCGUCACCUUCCUCUACUUCACCAACGAGCUCCAACAGCUCCGGGACACGUACUCCAAGAGCGGCAUUGCUUGUCUCACCGGGGAGGAAAUCGGAAAUUUCAUCCAAAACUCAGAUCUAAUUGAAAGUGAAGACAGAGCGGCUGAUCCCUGCUGGCAAGUAAAGUGGCACCUGGGAAAGUUAAUUAAAAAGAUGAUUUCAAGAAGCUAUGAGGAAAACAUAUCUGCAGUCAACGCUGAAAGAGCCCUGACGCUGUCGCGCACCGACGGGCAGCAGCCGCGCAGCCCCGGCAACAGGAUCGCGGCGCAUCUGACGGGCAACAGCAAUAGGAAGAAUUCCCUGUCCCCACGCAUAGAUUCCUCGCCCAGAAGAGGGAACGCAAAAAUAAACAACUGGGAAUCGUCAAGGAAAGGUCACUCUUUCCUUUACAAUGUGGAGCUGAGAAAUGGCGAGUUAGUGAUACCCCAAACGGGCUUUUAUUACAUCUACUCACAAAUUUAUUUUCGUUUCCGUGAAAACGAGAACGAGGAUUCAGAUUUGUUGGCACAAAUCAGGAACCCCAAACAACUUGUCCAGUAUGUUUACAAACUGACUAAUUACCCAGAGCCCAUUUUGCUCAUGAAAAGUGCAAGAACAAGCUGCUGGUCUAAAAAGGCAGAAUACGGACUUUACUCCAUCUACCAAGGCGGUGUGUUUCAGCUGAAAAGAGAGGACAGGAUUUUUGUCUCUGUCAGUAAUGGUGACAUAGUUGACAUGGACAAAGAAGCAAGUUUUUUUGGAGCCUUCAUGAUUGGUUAAAAGGUGAAAAGCCACGCUCCAAAGGAGCCAGUUUUCAUAGCCAGGACCAGCUUAAAAUUCUACAAAGCAGGGGAUAAUAAGCCAACACUGUAGCAACGCCGACACUGCGAGACCCCCCUUUCUCAGCUCCCGCAGCGCGAGGUCUGCCCGUGCCGAACGCGCUCCCGGCACCCGGGAAGGGGCUGCGGCUGCGGACGGAGCUGCUUUCUGCGGGCCUGGGGCCCGGCGAGGACCUCCGAACCCCCGGCACCCCCGCAGAGAUGCUCCCCGCCGGGGCGGGGGCGCGGAGGAUGCUCCGGGUCCGGUUACUCGAGGCUGAGACUGGACGUCAGAUUUUAUUCGUGGUCCCCGCUGCGACGCCGCCUUGGAUAUCUCAGCUCCUGUAAGGAGUCUUUGCAAGUACUGCUUCCUGGGCGCCUGUGGAAUUUGCUCUGGAAGUUUUUGUUCGAACCUGAGUUUUACACAAGUUGAAAGGCCAUCAGAAACCCAAACGGCACGUCUUCAUCUCGUCUAACAGCGCACUUAAGCACCUAAUUAAUUUUAAGCACACGAACAGUCUGACUAAAUCAGGGUAUUUACAUGCUUGAAAUUAAAUAUGUGCUUAAGCAUUUUUCAGCCUCAUGGCUUGAGUAAACACAUUAGUCUGUCUUAAUCAGGAUAUUGUACAUAAAAACAGCUGCUGAAAUGGCACAGAAGAGGUUUAGAAAUCAAUCAGUAUUUUGAUCAGCACAUUAUGAUAGUGCCUAUUUACUUAAUUGCUGUGCUGCAAAGAUUUCACCAGGCUUCCCAUAGUUUCAGUAAUGUAGUUGCUGUUACACUUGUUGACAGCAAGUACUUGAUCCAGAAAAAAGGUGGGUUUUUUGUAAAUACUGAGUUCUAUUAGACAUUUGCCACAAAUUAAGCAUGACAUGGUUCUUUCAUGCUUAUUUGUACUGGCCUGUAUUUGGUAGCAUGUAAUGCAGAAUAACACACCCUGACGAUUAAUAUUUUAAGGAAAACAGACACAACUAUCCAUACUUAAACAAGAGCUGCAUAUUUAGGUAAUGCUGUUUUGAUUUGAUUUGAUUUUUAGGAAUGAGUGGAAAAUUUUCGUAAUUUUUUUUAUGCCACAAUUUUUUUAAAAACUGGCUGCUAUAUUUUUUUAACUCUAUGAGUAGGAGUAUUUUAUAUUAAAAAAAAAAAAAAAGGUAAAAAAAAAAAAAGUAUUUGCAAGUGUAAGUUGUGUGGACUAGAUCCACAGGAAAAGCCAGGUAGCAUAAAUCAGCACAUCCACAGCACUGUUAGUGGAGUGAUGCCAAUUUGCACCAUGAAUGCAUUUUGCCCAGAUUCAGAGAAAACGGGGAAAAAGAAGGCAGAAGGAAAAAAAAAAAAAAAAAAAAAAAAGGAUGGAAAGGAAGGCAGUUGUUCUGCAAAUGUCACUUCACAUCAACAGAAUGAUGCCAGGAGAAAGUCUGGUUGUCUAUUUUUUAAUACACUGAGGUUGCCGUGGGAACCCUCACAUUCACCUCCACGUUCUGGUAAUUAAAUCACUGUACAGCCCUUGCAUAUGGGCCUCAUGAGUAAACACGCGUUGUUCAUCUUACUACUUUGUCAACAAGAGGAAAUGAAUAGACACAAGUCCCUGCAUUUAUUGUGUUCAGAAAAGCAGGUAUGUUGGUUCACUUAAAUACUUGUGUUUGAGCAUCAAGACAAGAAUUUCAGGAAUACCCUCGUUUUGACAGGUUAGGGCAAAGAAACACACUGCCGUAAGCCAAAAAUGAUGAGUUUUUUGUGUGCUGUUUUAACAUAGCGUCACACAUACUGCUUUCAGUGGAAAUCAAAUAUGUGAAAUUCUUCAUUGUUUACUGGAAUGCUUUGGUUUGCUUCAUUCUCCAAUCAUCUGUUUCAACAGAGAACAGAAAAUACUUCUACAAUUCUCUUUUUGAUUUCACUAUUUAAUUCAGAAAUUUUCUGCCUGCCAGAAAAGGCUAGUGAGAACAAAGCCAUUCCCUACAUAUCUGGAUGUCUGCCAUAUUGCAGAAAUGACUUUUUUAGGUUAUCUUUGCAAAUGGACCAGGGUUUUCAACUUCAGCAUGGAAUUGACCCAUGUUAUCAGGUUUGAGGAUUUUUUUUUUUAGCAAUUUAUUAUAUUAAAAAGUUUUUUUGUUUUUUUUUAAGAAAUGUUAUUUUAGGAGCUUGUUUGAAAGAAAAUCUAUUUGAACUGUGAAAAAGUAUUUGGGAUUUACUGGUGGCAGCUUAAGAGUCAGAAACCCUCCCUAUGGCUGAGAACCAAUCUGUGUAACGUAGAAGUCGUGGCUGCUAGAAAGGACUGGAAGCAAACGGUGGGGAACUCUGCAAACUUGCAGCUGAUGCCAAGACAAACUAUUAUGUGCAGAUUCUUUCGCUCCGUGUUCUCUCCUCAACUCUCAACAUGCCUGCCCAACACCAUGCCCGCUGUCACUUGGGGGGUGCUCCCUGGCACUACCUUCCUUUUUUUAUCUAAAUGUACAUAUUCUUGGUCUCUGCAUGCGGACCAUAUCGCAACAGGGAUCAUGCCAAAUAACCAUAUUUUCUUUCUGAAUAAUCCAAAGGUGUGCUUGCCAGACAGUAUCUUGAGGGGAGAUUACCAAGCAAUAUCAGACAGGACACGUUUGAAGAUGAAUGGGAAGAGAUAGCAGCUUCUGAUAGUCCAUUUGCACCCUGAAUCAUACCUUUCAUCUCACUGUAUGUUGAAUGGCAAAUGUAGCAAAUUUUUAUUUGUGGAUGCAGGUUGGAGUAACAUGUAAAUAUUGUAAUUUUUCUACAUGUAUUUUAUAUAAAACAUUUUUAUUAAAUAGUUCUUUAGUCUUGCAGCGAU